AGCACCGAGACUGCCUCUCCCACCCAUGGCUGAACUCCUUGCCCGUGAACCCCUCCUGCCAAAGGAAAAGCUCAGCCAUGGCAGUGGCAAGACUACCUCUUUCUUGCCUUCUCUGGCUAGACUGGGGCUCAAAUCACUGAUGUGGGCAAUCUUCCUGGUCUGGGUUGCUGCCAUAUUCUUCUUCCCCACCGAGUUGGUGAAGAGCUUGUUCUCGAGAUGGACUAAAUUGACUGAACAAACCGUCUUCGGGAUCACAGGAAGUUUCUUCCUUGGUUUCAGCGGCCCGAUCCUUGUUAUCGCUCUUCUCGCAUUCGUAUACAUAAUUGCCUUCCCCAGAGACGAUUUCAAGAAAAAGAGUGCGAGGCUUCCGAGGUUUCGGCUCUGGACGUUCCCGGUCAUCGUUGAUGGGCCUUUUGGUGUUGUUUCUGCUGCGGAAUUCAUCGGGAUAGUCUUGUUUUCCGCUUAUGUUCUGUGGACGAUCAUCGCUUACACCAUGGAGAAUCGCAGCUUGAUCUCAAAGCUCCUGUUCCCUUCGAAUAUUAAACUGUACUUAUUCUUGGAGCUGACUGGGCUUCGCCUAGGCUUGAUCGGAUUGUUUUGCUUGGCAUUUCUAUUUCUCCCAGUCGCGAGGGGAUCGAUUCUUCUCCGCUUAAUAGACAUCCCAUUUGAGCAUGCUACCAGAUACCAUGUGUGGCUUGGACAUCUCACAAUGGCCAUGUUUACAUUACAUGGCUUGUUCUAUGUCAUCUCAUGGGCACUGCAGGGGCGCCUCCUGCAUGAAAUUCUGGAGUGGAAGGACAUCGGAAUUGCCAAUCUCCCGGGAGUAAUUAGUCUGGCCGCUGGGCUGCUUAUGUGGGUUACAUCACUCCACCCUGUGCGGAAGAACUAUUUCGAGCUCUUCUUUUACACCCACCAGUUGUAUGUGAUCUUUGUUGUCUUCCUCGCCCUACAUGUUGGUGACUUCGUCUUCAGCAUCGUUGCCGGAGCAAUCUUCCUUUUUGUUCUCGAUCGCUUUCUGCGAUUCUGCCAGUCGCGGACCACCGUGAACAUCCUCUCAGCAGCCUGUCAUCCAUGUGGAACUGUGGAACUUGUUCUCUCAAAACCAGCAAAUCUUCGGUACAACGCACUCAGUUUUGUGUUCCUGCAAGUACGUGAAUUGUCAUGGCUGCAGUGGCAUCCCUUCAGUGUUUCCUCCAGUCCGAUGGAUGGCAAACACCAUCUAUCAAUUCUUAUAAAAGUUCUUGGAGAAUGGACAGGGAGACUACGCGACAUCAUCUCCAAAGUCCCUGAGCAACCACAAAUCAGCAUCCCUUCACAGCCUAAGAUCACUGCCUCUGUUGAAGGACCAUAUGGACAUGAAGUACCCUACCAUUUGAUGUAUGAGAAUCUAAUCCUGGUAGCUGGAGGCAUUGGCAUUUCACCAUUUUUUGCUAUCAUAAGCGACAUCUGCCGCCGGAUCAAUGAGGGCAAACCUUGUCUUCCAAAGAAUGUGCUCAUCAUCUGGGCUGUCAAGAAAUCCAAGGAGCUUUCUCUUCUUUCAGUUCUCAACGACCAGGCCAUCUCUUCAUCUUGCUUUAAUUCCCUGCAGCUGGAUAUUCUUGCUUGUGUCACUCAAGAAUCAGAGGCUCCACUGGAAGAGGGCAUUAUCAAUGCUGAUGAAAACUCGAAGUCUUCCUCCCUCUUAACCACCAGUGGAAGCAGAAUGUCAUGUUUGGUUGGCACAGGGAACAACAUCUGGUCUGGGAUCUACUUCGCUGUAUCCACUUUCGGCUUCGUUCUGCUCUAUGGAUUGGUGGAAGCAUAUUACAUCGUGCCUUCUGCAAUCUCUGCUUGGUGGUACCGCGGCCUCCUGUUUACGAUCUGCAUGGUUGCCAGCGUCGUCAUCCUCGGAGGUUCUGUCGUGUUCUUCUGGCAUCUCUGGGAGAAGCAUUCAAGCAGUGCGAGGUCGACAGAAGACGAUGAGAAGGAACGAACCCUGCGCAACGAAACCACCACUGCGAACUUUGCAAGCAUGCUAACUACUCAAUAUGGCCGCCGGCCGGAUUUCCAUGAUCUAUUCGGUUCGUUCGCGAAGACGAAGGGGAGCGUCGACGUCGGCGUCAUCGUGUGUGGGCCGCCUGGUCUUCAGACGAGCGUCGCUAAGGAGUGCAGGUCGCAGAACAUCCGGGGAAGCUGGAAUCAGCCUGUCUUCCACUUCAACAGCCACAGCUUUGAUCUCUAGUAGCUCGCUCGUACAUGGCAUCUUCUUCCCUGGAGCUUGGAUUACUAUGAGCUCGACGACGGAGUGUAAACUGCACGUGGAGGAAUUAUAUGUGCAAUACGAGAACAGCGGUCGAGACCGGUGCGACACGUCCGCCACCCUCUGACAGACCCACGCGCUCCUCCAAUACCAGACAGUGGGAAAUGUUCCCGUUGCUUGUCUUUUGCUUUCGUGGGGAUGCGAUCCACCGGGCACCCACCACCGCCCCUCUCGUGCUCCAUCAUCAUUCUCUCGCAGUCAUUUUGGGGCAUCAUGUGAUCAAAGGCGCGUCGGCGGUAUCACAAAGUUGACCUUUACGUGGGAGUUUGACAGGAUCGAAGCCAACUCUGCGGGGACGGCGCGAAAAGCUCAUGCGUCGUGCCCCGUCGUGCGGCCCGCAUACAGAGAGGUAGAGGGUGCUUUGGUCCAUGUGCUGCGACCCCACCAACGGUGGGUCACGCUCGUGGCCUCAAGUCUUGACGUCGGUGUGUCGGUGUGUAGAUAGCCUUCUGGGCCCACACAAAGUGUGUCUCUGUAGCGUCCGAAGGAUCAUCGAAUAUUUGUUGUUCUCGGGAUCUUGGCGUCCCUUCGUUCUUUCAUCGACGGCCAAGAAUGCUUGUGGGAGUUGGGAAUCGAGAGCCGACAAGGUGGGGCUCCGACCGAUUCCCUCUCCUUGUCAACACCACUCACCGACGUGAGCUUUUGAA